GCCCAAAAAGCGAGGCUCCCUGGCUCUUUUACCUUCCUUGGUUGAGGAAGCAGAAGACAAUUCAUUCCACAAUGAAGAGGUGGAUACUGAUACCACAAAGGUCAUGUCCAGUGAAGACUCUCUUGACAUUCCAACCAAGGGCAAAUCUUCCACCCAACUCACCAACCCUCCCGAGUGCUUAUGGAGAUCACUGAGCAACACAAAGGCAACCAAGGACAUAGUUAACGAGCCGGCUCAGGUCCUCCAUGUGUGCCAGGCUCAGAUUGCUGAGCUGGAGCUGUGGCUCGAUCAAGUUAAAGAGUCUCUAGGAUCGGAGGCCCAGAUCUGUCAAAUGCAGCAGUUGGUGGACCAGCAUCUUGCUGCAUGCCAGGUGAUGUUAACAGAAAUUGAACAGAAAGUCAUGUGGUUAUUGGAGGAAUGCAAAGGCACAGCCACUACCAAUAGCUCAGGCCUCGAACAAGAAACAGAGAACCUUUCCUUGAACCUUAAAAAUGUGAAGUGCAAGUUGGAAAAAGUCCAGCGCAUGCUCCAAGAGAAAUACACAGAAGAACAGAUGAGCACUAAUGAAGAGAUCUCUGACAACUUCCCACAGCCACUUCAUUUGGAUUCCUCUAGUUCAUUUCCAAAUGAGACCUCAGAGAGACCUCUGUUUAUUAGACCAAAUGGUUUUCAGCAUAAACAGGAACUGCUGUUAAAGCUGUCUGAGCAAGACAAUCUCAUUGACUUCCUAGAAGUAUACAUGGAGAAAAUUCAGCCUCAACCUAAGCCCAGCAGAGUUCUGGGACUACAAACAAGCAAUGAGGCACUCAGUUCAGGAAAUGAGCCUCUUAGAUUGACUCCAAAGGACCAAACGGGUGAUAAAUGGCAAUAUUUACAAGAAGAACUGCUACUCAAGAAGAAUGCUCCUCAUUGUCAAUUGGAUGAACUUCAGAUCUCUACCAAAAUAAAUAUUCUGCCCCUGGGUGUUACAUCGAGUGUGAGAACUCCAACCAUUGAGGAGCUAAAAACAUACACAGCACAGCUGGACAAUCUAAGCCAGGAAGCUUCUAUUCAGGAAAAUGAAACAGGAGAAAAUCCAUUAAGUCUGGAUGGGAAACUCUUUGAGUUGUUUCUGGCAAUCAGCCGCUGCCUGAACAACAUGGAACAGAUGUUGGGCACCUGUGUACUCUCCAGUGAAGAAGCUCCUGUACAGCAAGUACUUUAUGAGACACUCUCUGCAGAACUACAGAAACUUCAUACAGAUAUUGGAGAUAAGAAGGACGAUCUUCUGAAAUCCAUCACCUCUGCCGGUGGAAAUUCUGAGAGAUUCUCCCAGUGUUUUAGCAACUUGCAGGCAUGGCUCCAAUUGACACAAACAACUGCUGCUUCUAGAAGCGAGUCUAUGAAAACUGAAAUGGACCAUUACAUCAAUUAUCAGAAUGAAAUCAGGCUCUUGUAUGAUGCAUUGAUUGAGAAAAAAUCCUCUUUGCAACAGUUUUUCAGUGAAAUGAGUGGGCAUAAUAUUUCUAAGCAAUUCCAGCAGAUGGAUGUCUUUGAAUCGGAACUGCAAAAUUUUGAGACACAGGCAGUUAAACUAAGAGAUCGUGGAGAAAGAGUUCAUUGGCCAGUUGCUGUAACCCACGACGUGUAUAAACUAGAGGAGGUGCUGGAUGACCUCUGGGAAUUCCUAAGAGUCAAACAGAAGGAACUAAAUUCUUCAUUCAUUAAGGAACAACAGUGUGAAUUUUUGUUACAAGGAUUUGCAGAGCUUAUAGAUCUUGGGCAAAAGAAACUUGUUCAUCUUUCAAAGCUGAAAAUUACCAGUCGAUCUGAUUUAGAUUUACACUUGCAAAGCCAUAAG